AUGUCACAUUUAAAAAGAAUCCAAGAGACGCCAAUUGCUGUUUCAUCUUGUUUUAAAAAUGAGAAGAAAAGCUAUGGCAUCGCUAUCGCUGCUCAGGCUUCGAGAAUUUAUCAAUUCAAUGCGAGCGCCGGAGGCGAGUGUGGAAUGGAAUGGAGCGGUUUGUUUGAACAUCCACCACUCUCCGUCCAUACGAAGCCUUCCUCUGCAGACGAAGAAGAAGACGACGACGAUAGUUGA